CCGGCUGGUACAGGCAGCAUCCGCAGCGUGCCAGCGUGAGGCUCGUUUGAAGUUGCAGGGCGAGAGAGAAGCAGCGAGAAAGAGAGACAGAGAGAGAGAGAGAGAGAAAGAGAGAGAGAGAGAGAGAGAGAGAGAGAGAGAGAGAGAGAGAGAGAGAGAGAGAGAGAGAGAGAGAGAGAGAGAGAGAGAGAAAGAGAAAGAGAGAGAGGGGGGAGCAAGAGAGAGAGAGAAUGUCGACUGAUUCUCACUGAGAAAAAGCAAUAGCUCCAAGAAAGGCGGCGGCGUCCAGCCUCUCAGUGCCAUAGCUGAGCCGAGCCAGCUUUACGCACACACGAGCGCAUCUGUUCGCCAUCAGCACUUUCUACUAAACUCAGUCAGUUGCGACCGUGAGUCAACAGGAGUGGGAAGUGGGACAGGGCUUUUUAAGAGUACUUCUUGAAAACCCAGCUGCAGGAUGCUGUGAUUUUAUAUGGUGACCUAUAUUUGUUGUUUAUGCGCGUGUAUGGAUGGGCCAGAUGCAUAGAGAUUUGUGAUCCCGGGAAACAAACGAGGAGAAAAGCUUUUCUCCUCUGUCUGUAGAAGUUUGGUUUACCACUACUGUUCCGUCUGGAUGUGAGCCGCAACUUUGCUUUGCUUGGAAAACGUAGGCUUCUCUGCUGGUUUGGAAGCGCUGUUCCUGUUCGUGAGUUCUGGGAUCAAUUUGGCUCGCUUAUUAUUAUUGCUCAAUUUUUUUUCUUCUACUGCAUCCUAUUUGCGUCAUGACUUCUAGCUAUGCACAUGGAAUGGACAGGCAAGCAACGAUAUCAAAUCGUUUGGAGAGCUCGAUUACAUCCAAUCUGGAAAACCUUCAAGCCAAAAAGAACUUCUCCGUGAGCCACCUGUUGGACCUGGAGGAGGCCGGAGAAAGGGUUGGGACCCAGGCGGACGAGAGUGUCGGUGAGGCGGGGAGGAAUAUGCUGGAGUCCCCUGGGCUGACCAGUGGGAGCGACACCACUCAGCAGGAGAAUGAGCAGCUGAAUGCGGAGGAGAAGAAAAAGAGGAAACAGAGAAGGAACAGAACUACAUUCAACAGCAGCCAGUUGCAGGCUCUGGAGAGGGUGUUUGAGAGGACACACUACCCCGAUGCCUUCGUCAGAGAGGACCUGGCACGCAGGGUCAACCUCACAGAGGCACGGGUGCAGGUGUGGUUUCAGAAUAGAAGGGCCAAGUUCCGUCGGAAUGAGCGCGCCAUGUUGGCCAGCAAGAACGCCUCGCUCCUCAAGUCCUACUCCGGGGACGUCACGGCCAUAGAGCAGCCCAUCGUACCCCGCCCUGCCCCCCGCCCAAACGAUUACCUGUCAUGGGGUAGUGCCUCUCCUUACAGUACCAUGGCAACCUACCCCCCCACAUGUUCCAACCCCAAUACAUCCCAGGGAAUGAACAUGGCUAACAGCAUCGCCAACCUGCGGCUCAAAGCCAAGGAGUACAGCUUGAACCAGGUGCCCACGGUUAACUGAGGAGAGAGGGGGGAGAGAGUGCUUCACGGUGGGGCUGGGGGCAGGAGCAGGGACUCUCUCUCUCUCACGUCUGUCCCACACAGAAAGACAGUCAGACCCCAGCCUGACCCCCACAGGGAUGAUCAAGAUCUGACCACCCUCCAUGGAAUUUUAGCUUGAAGUCUCCUCUCGCUCCAGAGCGUCGUCGCUAUAGUGAUGGACGUGCUUCCUAUACUGUCCUCAUACCUGAAGCAUCAGAUGAGAAAGCAAGUGACGCGGGGGAAAUCUGAGAGGCUGUUUCUGUGAGCUGCCUCUCUCCUGUCCUGAGCAUCGCUGAAAUGUCGCUGUCUGUACCUUCCAAUGAUACCAAAGACAUCGAGACUGAGACUGGAUGCUUCAGUAGUUUUUAUUAUUUCUUUCAAUUUGGUGUUGACUGAAUGAAAGGCUCAUUUCCAAAGAUAUCAAUGGAGAGGUGUUCUCUCAGACUCUGACAAAAUAAAUCUGAUUGUCAGACUGUCAGUGUCCGUCUAUAGUUUGACUCACGUUCAAGACCACAGUGCCUUGCUGGGGCUGAGGAGGAGACACCAGUAUGGGCUACUUUUCAAAUGGAAUGUCUUUUUAUAAUAGAGCUGAUCAAUAGGAUUAUAACACCAGGGAUGGGAUGAGCAACGUUCCGCUCAACAACAACAAACAACAACAAGGACUUAUCCAUGCAAAUUGGGUGGUCGCAAACAUUUAUACAUUUAAAGAAUUUUAGUUUUCACAUACUUGUAUCUUUCUAUUUUAUGCCACUGACAAGCAAACUUUUUUUUUACCGACGCAUUCCGAUUCAUGUAAUGGUACACCAAUACCGGAAAGGCUAAUGUAACCUAUUUCUGAAUCCAAGACUGUAGUUUCUCUUAAUCUUGGUAUGAUAUCCUUUAUUUGUAACAGAUAAUCAUGUAUAUGAAUAAAAUACACUUCAAGCAAAGGAAA